AAUCAAUCAUAUCUGCUGUGGUACUCAUUAGGUACCUAAAUACAGACUCAUUAAGACGUUAUCUCAGAUUAAUCCGAUAAUUUCCAAAUCAAUGCUUACUUUAAUUUUAGUAAUUUAGUGUUAUUAUUUUCACUGUGCAAACAUCAAGAUAUUUAAUGUUAUUAAGUAUAUUUAAAAUGUUUACGUUGCGUUUGCUUCUUUUAAUUUUCGUUGUCGACCAAACAUCGGCUGUCUUUUUCGAAGAUUGUGGUUCGACUUUCCACUUAACUUCGGUUUACAUAAAAGGAUGCCGGAUGCAUCCACCAUGUUUCGUCACUGUGGGCGAACAAGUAUUAGUCGGUAUGCAGUUUAUUGCCGAUUCAGUUUCUACAAAACUCGAUCAGAAUGUUGUAUUGAAUAUCAACCACGUUAAUCUACGCCCUGAAGUCACUCCAGAACAAUGCGAGUCCAUAUUGUGUCCGGUAGUGGCGAAUGCUGUUUCAUCUCUUACCAGUAUUAUGUCAGUGCCAAAUAGAAUGGCGUUGGUAAGUAUGCAUCCGAAUAUGGAUGGUGUUGGAUUUUUUAUAUUAUAAAAUUUUUGUUAGUUAUAAUUACACGACACGCUUUAAACAAUUGUAUAAAUAUUAUAAAUCUUAAUAUAUAUAUACAUAUUAAGAUCAUGACGAAUAUCUAAGCUUUACGAAUAUAUAAUCUUAGCU